AUGAGUGCCAAUCGCGGCGAGAUUCGACCAGAUGCAUAUGUCUUCCUACGACUUCCAAACGAGACGCUGAAAUUGGUCCAGAUAAAAUUGAACUCGAUCAUCGAUGCCGGCAAGAUCGGCUCAUUCCCAGCAAGCUCGUUGAUCGGUCGUCCGUACUACUACACAUAUGAAUUUCUCGAGAAGCAAAGCGGAGAAUCGUAUUCUCGGUUACGGAUUGUCUCGCCUGCAGAACUCAACGCGGAAGCAGGUUUAGACGAUGCCGAUACGAUCGAUGACUCAACAGACGCAGAUACGACAGGUGCCUCAAAUGGCCUACCCGAAGGUCAUGACUUGACCGUCACAGACGCAAAGACGGUGUCCAAGGACAAUCGGAUGACGAUCGAUCACGCCGGCCGACAAGUCUUGACUCAAGCUGAUAUCGAAGAGCUCAAAAAGUCGACUGACGGCAAAGAAAUCAUUGAGAAGAUUCUCGCCAACCACACCGGUCUCGAUGAGAAGACGGCAUUUUCCAAAGCGAAAUAUAUGCUGCGGAAACAUAAGAAGUACCUCAAGCGAUUCACUGUACUGCCUAUGGAUCUCAGUCAUUUGAUAGACCACCUCAUAGAUAAAGAGGCCUCGCGGAUUAUGGAAAUUCGCGAGGAAGCUCUCGGGCUGAUUACUGCUUGGAGUAAUGCGCAUUACAGUGGCCUGGACGGUCUGUCUUCAGAGCAAGCACUCACCGCUACAGACAGAGGCAAGUGGCUUGUGGUUGACGAUACUGGAGGUCUCGUCGUUGCAGCGCUGGCAGAGAGGAUGGACAUUCUACAUGUGCCUGAGCGUGAGCGUGAAAUCCCUAUUUCUGAGACAACCAACGUGACCGACGCAGCUGCCAAUGGAAACACCGCAGAGAGCGGAGAAGCUGCAGCCGGGCAGGAGAUAUCAGACACUCCCGUGAAAGUCCACCGAGAUUUUCCCAUUCCCGCCUCAACGAACACCAUCACCCUCAUCCACCCCGCCGUCCAACCCAACGUCUCUCUCCUAAAAUAUUUCGGCUACGACACCAGCAACCCAGGUUCGGGCACCGAAGAGCUCGAACACCCACUCCACAAUCAUCUCAAACCCCUCUCCUGGCUCCAACUCCUCCACCCCGAAGACGACCCGACCUACCAAGAACCCGAGAUAAUCUCCGAAUCGCUCCUCUCAACCUGGAAAAGUGGCAAACGUGGCACCUACUUCAAAAAGCGGCGCCGCUGGGAACGCUGCCGAGCCAUCGUCGACUCCACCCGACAAGAAGGAACCUUCGACGGCCUGGUCAUCGCCACGCACCUCGAGCUCUCCGCCGUCUUCCGCCACGCGCUCCCGCUGAUCCGCGGCGGCGGGACCAUCGUCGUCUACAGCCCGACCGCCGAGCCGCUCGUGCGGCUGAUGGAUUUCUACUCGAAAGAGCGGCGCGCCGCGUACAUAGCGCAUCUGAUCAAAGGGGAGAUCCCCGAUGCGCAGGAUUUCCCGUUGGAUCCGCGAUUGUUGCUCGGGCCGCAUUUGCAGACCAGCCGCGUGAGGAAUUGGCAGUGUUUGCCGGGCAGGACGCAUCCUUUGAUGACGUCGCGGGGCGGCGCGGAGGGAUUUGUAUUCACGGCGAGGAGGGUUAUUCCGUUGGAGGGAGGCGUGGAGGCGAGGGGGAAUUUCUCCACGAAGAAGAGGAAGGUUGUGGGAUCGGAUGUGGAGGCGGUGGUGAUUGCGACGACGCCCGAGCCGGGGGAGCCGAUGGUCACGUAG